GCACUGCCAUCGCACCUCCGCUCUCCCCGGGCUGGGCUCGCCUCUGGCGGCUGUGUUUGCGCUCACGUCACAUCUGCCCCACCUGUCAGUCCACAUUCCUAGGUGCCCUUCACUUUACCUGCUAAGGAAGACAGGACAUAAAUCAUGGCACCUUUUAAUCUGCAAAUUUUGUUCCUGUUUUCACCUGGACUUUGAAAAAGGGAUUUAGGGUGCCCCAUGGCCGCUGAGCAGGAGCCAGGCGAGCCCGGGAAGGGAAAGCCCUUAAAACUUCUAGGAAUUUUAGAUAUUGAAAACAUCCCCUGUGCCCGGGAUUCGAUAUUAUAUGGUUCAUUGGGAUCUGUUGUGGCUGGCCUGGGACAUUUUUUGUUAACUAGUGAAUUAGAAGAUCAUGUGAUGUUGGAGUAGGAGGAUUUUUCUUAGUGACUUUAGGAUGCU